CCAUUGAUCUACCACCCCUUGUGUAAUGUGUGUUAUAUUAAGGUAUUCAUUCAGUUCCUUCACAAGAUUAGAUUCUCACGCAAACAAUUCUCUACGCAAAUUCCAUCUCCAAGUUCUCACGCAAACAAUUCUCUACGCAAAUUCCAUCUCCAAGUCCAUGUCCCUCCAAUCCACUCACCUAAUUCAUCCACUCUAGACCUCUUAUUUGUAGAAUUGACUUUGUUAAAGACAGACUAGAUUACUUUAUGAAAGAAGCAAGCAUGGGACUUCAAGUCAGUAGAUGAAUGGCAAAGAUUAGGGGAGUUUAGUUCUGAACCUCGUAGGCCGCCCAUCAAGAACCCCUUACCUCUCGAUGUCAGCAUCAUCCAAGUCAGCAGUGGCUUCCCCGAAGCCAUCAUUUGAAGCUGAUGACAUUGAUGAGUGAUCCAACAAUUUUUAGUGGUAGUGAUAGUUCUCAAAAGAGAAGGAUUCGAGGUAUGAGCAAAUUGUGCAAGAGGAGGAAAAAAUCAUGCCAAUGGAUGAGUUUAGUGGUGAGAACGCAACUGACGAAAUCAUGGAGAAAGUUGAUAUAGAUUUCAAUAAUGAGAAUGUAGUUGAGAAAAUUGUGGAGGAGGAGGAAGAAAUCGUGCUUGUUGAUAUAGAGUUCAAUGGUGAGAAUUUAGCCAAGGAAAUUGUGGAGGAAGAAGAAGAAAUCAUAGAGAAAACGAUCUCUCCUAUCGAAGAAGUCUAGCUAACCAUACCCACCACUGACAACCUAGAGCUCCUAGUGUUGACAUUUCGAGUGUGGUUUUUAGGGAUGAUGUCCUGCAUUUUACUCUCGUGCCUUAACAACUUCUUCAGAUACCAUAUGGAACUGCUCUUAGUCUUGAUGAUCUUUGUCCAAUUGGUCACUCUCCCCAUUGGUAAGUUCUUGGCCAAAGUGCUUCCCCGCACCAAGUUUCGCAU